AUGGCCCUCUCCACAGCCAGCACGGACUCCGCAGUCCUCAUCGCUGAAGAAACCAGCCCCUCCCAAACCUUCACCACCUUCACAGCCUCGACAGCCUGGACCCUCGGCACAGCCCUGCGCAACCGCAUCCUCUCCCUCCCCGACUCCCAACGCAAACCCGCCCUAAUCUCAAUCGCCCUCGCCACUGCGCCCAGCGGCGGCGGCAGCCUGCACACGCUCUUCCAAAGUGCCACGGACAGCGGCACGAUUCCCGACAACGAGAACUGGGUCCGGCGGAAGCGGAACACGGUCCUGCGAUGGGGCGUGUCGAGCUGGGCGAUGCGGCAAAAGGUGAUUUCGGGAGCCGGGAGCUCGGCGGCGGAUGUGGUUGAGGCGGCAUUUGUCAAAAAGUAUGCGCUUGCUAGUGGGAAUGGCGGCGCUGUUGCGGAUGAGUAUGCUAUUCAUGGUGGGGGAUAUCCUAUUCGGAUUAAGGGUGUUGAGGGAGUCGUUGCUGUUGUUGUUGUUAGUGGGUUGAAGCAGGAGGAUGAUCACCAGGUUGUUGCUGAGACGAUUCGGGAGGUUAUUGCGCAGGGAAACUAG